CACGAUCGCCAGUGUUGCAUCGUUGCAUCAAAAAUUUCUGUUGCUUGUGUCCGUGUGUUGUGGUGGCUUAGGGCUGUGCCAAUGCUCAGGUAGAAGCGUGUAUCAUACAUACCGACCGUAAUUCAUGUUUCGGCACAGUCGGCGCAAAAUUAUAACUAACGAAAAACCAGCAUCUACUUGAACGUCGGCUUGGAAGUCUCUUGUAAGGACAGCUCGCUUGCUGCGACCAGCAUCUCCAAACGAUGCCUUGGUACAAGACUGUUGUGUGCCGACUCCGGACACGUUUAUGGGGAGAUUGUGUGUUAUUACUGUUGUUUCUGAGCACCACGAGGACUUCAGGUGAAAAACCUACCUUCACGAACCAGUUUGCAGUUCAUGUUGAAGGUGGUGACUGUAGAGCUGACGAGAUUGCUCGGAAACAUGGUUUCACCAACCGAGGACAGAUUGGGACACUAGAGGGCUUCUAUUUACUGGAGCAUCAUGGUAUCAACAAACGUUCUACGGAACACAGCCAAGACCACCACUCACGAUUGGAAAAUGAGGCAGGGGUACAUUGGGUGGAACAGCAGGUGGUCAAAAGGAGGGUGAAGAGAGACAUGAGCUUAGACGACACGUCCUUUCAAGAACAAUUCCACCGUUCCUACAGAAUUUUUUCCGAUCCUUUAUACGAGAAGCAGUGGUACUUGAACGGAGGUGCAUCUGGUGGUCACGAUAUGAACGUAGCGCCUGCAUGGGAACGAGGCUACACUGGUAAAGGUGUUGUUGUGACUAUCUUGGAUGACGGAAUCCAGACAAAUCACCCUGACUUGUUGCAGAAUUAUGAUCCAUUGGCCAGUACAGACAUCAAUGAUCAAGACGAUGACCCCAUGCCUCAGGACAACAACGAUAAUAAGCACGGUACACGUUGUGCUGGUGAAGUUGCAGCAACAGCUUUAAAUGACUACUGUGGUGUUGGAGUGGCCUACAAUGCUAGCAUUGGAGGUGUGAGGAUGCUCGAUGGGACAGUGACAGACGAAGUGGAAGCACGUGCUCUCAGUUUAAACCCUCAUUACAUAGCCAUCUAUAGUGCGUCGUGGGGUCCAGAAGAUGAUGGCAAGACAGUGGAUGGUCCAGGAAAGCUUGCAAGGCAAGCCUUCUACCAGGGAAUUACCAAGGGAAGACGUGGCUUGGGGUCGAUCUUUGUCUGGGCUUCGGGGAACGGAGGACGCUUCAAUGACAGCUGCAACUGUGACGGUUACACAAACUCUAUAUACACACUCUCAAUUAGCAGUGCAACUCAGCAUGGUUCUAAGCCAUGGUACCUAGAGGAGUGCUCUUCAACUCUGGCGACUACUUACAGCAGUGGAGCUCCCGGGAAAGAUGCGAAUGUGGUCACGGUAGACAUGGACUUAUCCUUCAAGCUCAAAUCAAACGCGGACUCCUUAUGCACACAGUCCCAUACGGGCACGUCAGCAUCAGCUCCACUUGCAGCGGGGAUCUGUGCACUUGCACUCGAAGCAAACCCAAAACUGAGCUGGAGAGAUAUGCAGCAUCUUGUUGUGAUGACAUCUAGGCCUGAACCUCUCUUACUGGAAAGCGGCUGGGCAGUGAAUGGAGUCAAAAGGAAAGUGAGCCACAAGUUUGGCUACGGCCUCAUGGACGCGGACGGCAUGGUUGCCUUGGCUGAACAGUGGACACCCGUUUCCCAGCAACAUAUCUGUAGGACUUCUCCAGACAAUGUGGAAAGGAUCAUUCCAAAUCGCUACGGAGAACGACUAGAAGUUUCAAUGAACGUGACAGGGUGCGCGGGCCGCCGAGACAUGGUACGCUACUUGGAGCACGUGCAGGUGGUGGUUUCGCUUCAGUUCCUGCCAAGAGGAAACCUUCGCAUCACUUUGGUUUCUCCCAGGGGUACUCGAUCCCAUGUACUCCUUCCACGAUCAUUUGACUUGAAGGAUGACACCUUUGACAGCUGGCCUUUCAUGUCUGUCCACUUUUGGGGUGAACCAGCUGCAGGGACCUGGAAGUUAGUGAUCUCUAGCGAGGGCCAGAGACGUUCUCCAUAUCCAGGGAAGUUGAAGCAGUGGUACCUCAUCUUCUACGGCACCGAAAGCGAUCCAGUGAAAUUGCGUCCACGACCGCACGCGUCGUAUAUAAUCAGAGAUACUGCACGCCUUUCUGCUGUAGAGAAUCGAAUUGGAACCAGUCAGUGUUCGGAGCACGGAAAAUACGACGCUGGGAAUUUGAAAUGUGUAGAGCAGUGCCCCGACGGUCAGUACGGGAACCACGACACCUUUACGUGCGAACCGUGCAAUAUGGAAUGUGACAGAUGCUACGGGCCUCUGAGUGAUAACUGCAUCUCUUGCAAGAGUGGUCGACACUUGACGAGAAGUUCCUGCUGGAAAGAAUGCCCCGACGGAACGUACGCUGAUGACUCGCUGGGGUUAUGCGUACAGUGCGACCUGAACUGUGCAAUGUGCGAGAAGUCGGCGUUCAACUGUACGGCUUGCAAGGAGUCAUAUCUACUCAGUGGCAGCUCUUGCACAACUUCAUGUCCAAAAGGAACGUAUGCAACUUCAGAAAGAAGGUGUGCAAACUGUCACCAGAACUGUGAGACUUGUAAUGGCCCAGAUGAUAAGAACUGUAUCACGUGCAUCGAAGGCUAUCACGCCUACCAAAACCAAUGUCUUUCUCGGUGUCCUCCUAAGUUCUACAGUGAUGGUGACAACCUCUGCAAAAGCUGUGUUCCUCCCUGCUUGGAAUGUAACUCGCUGAAGAGCUGCAAGUCAUGUGUGUCGACGCACAAGUGGGAGUCAGGCUCAUGCUCCAUAGCGUACACUAGGUGUGGUACAGGUUAUUAUAGCCCUCAGGGAAACUGCAACAGAUGCCAUGAGACAUGCCAAGAUUGCUACGGUCCCAACGAGAAUCAGUGCCUAAGCUGCCCACCUUCAAAGUACUUGUACAACGGGCGAUGCACCAGCGAAUGUCUGCUAGCAUACUACAGCAGCGAAGACAGGGUAUGCAUCCAAUGCGACAAGAACUGCCUUAACUGUUCCAGUUCCGGAUCUCCCAAAUGCACGAGCUGCCUGUUUGAUCUCUUCCUGUACGAUGGCGUUUGUGUGGAACAGUGCCCACAGGGCUUCUUCAAGGAUGCCUCAUCAAGCGUGAAGCGUUGCAUCCCUUGCCACACAUCAUGCGAAACAUGUGCCAAUGCCUCUGCAUCUUCGUGCUUAUCCUGUGCCUCCGGCAGGACACUGCAUAAGUCUCGAUGCUACCCUUCACCCUGUCCAGAUGGGACGUAUCUUCGACAUACAACAUCAGUUGGUGAUCAGUGCAUUGCUUGCCACCCUGCAUGCUCCAAGUGCACAGGGCCAGGGCCAAUGAGCUGUUCUGCCUGCAGCACAUCUGCCUUCCUCGUGGGGAAUACAUGUGUUUCUUGCCUUUCGGAUGAAUACCUUUCGGUCGACAGACGGUGCAAAAAAUGCGAAUCUCCAUGUGCCUCAUGUGUGGGCCCAAAUGCGCAGCAGUGCCUUAGUUGUGUGCCUGGUCUAAGUUUUGACUCCCAGCGACUCAUGUGUCUGCCCUGCUGCCAUGCUGGCACUCACCGAGACUGUUGCACCUGCGACCCUGCUACAGGUGAAUGCAUCACCAGCACAGAACACACUCGCAGCAUUGCGUGGCUGGUUCACGACGAUACCAGUAAAUCCUAUGACCUCUCUGUGCAAAGCGUCAGCGUCACAGUGGCAGGAGUGUGCGCUGGAGCGGUGGUCAUGUUCUUUCUGGUGUUUGGCCUCCUGCAACUGUUAUCGCCAGGGGGAUGCACACGACCAAGACAUCGUCACUCGUCCGGCGACUACCGAAGAGUGCCUACGUCGAGAAACGAGCCCCGGGCUCGCUUUGAGGUAGAGGUUGAGAAGGUAGCACUGACCAGUGGGGACGCAGAUGAAGAGGAUGAGGAUGAGGAGAUUUUUAGGAAAACGUAGUCGACGCAGCAUUAGAGUACGGUGUAAACAACGUGAAGGGGCAUCCUAGCGUGCCUCCGACCCGGGCCAGUGCAACAUGUAAUGUAAAGCGCACACUCCUUGUGCUAGCUAGUACGGUCAUUCCAUGGUUAUGCUGAAGAAGGGAGUCAUUGCUCUUCAUUUAGGAAGUGCCAUUUUCCAUUCCAUUCCAUUCUGUUUCUGGUCCAUCCUGUUGGGAUGCGCCUGGGAAUCCUUAAACAUCAUACAGCAGCAACGCCUAUUAUGUAACAACCUGUUAUCCCACCCGACCACCAUUUGAUUGAAUUUGACAGACAGCAUCUUAAAUACUUUAGCAGAUCAAUCCUGUCCAGUGCAAUUUAUGCGACUUACUUAAUUAUGCCCAAGGAGCCUUAUAUUUUGCCUUAUUAUCCUGAAUGUUUUUUCCCCCCUUAAGGCUUCUGUUUUUUUUUAAGGGAUUUUUUAUUGUGACUUUAUCGUGACUAAGUUUAUUAUUGCAAUUUUUUUGUACGAUUUCAACGUGUACGCAGUGCUGCCUAAUUGAGGAUUUCGGAUAUAUCUUGCUGGCAUUUUGGAAUAGAUAAUACGUGUAAUGUGCUGUGAUCAGUGCUACCUUACCAGCCUGGCUGUGAUUCAUGGCGCACAGGAAAUAAACUCUGAAAACUCUGGAGGACAUGGCUUGCCUAACAGCACAGCACCAUCCACAGGAGACGUUGGGGGCAGAAGCAGUUGAAAGGGCUUGUUCCUCCUCGUAGCGCACACAUUUCAGUGCACUUUCCAUAGUGCUCUCCAUUUUGUCCAGAAAUUGUUGACAGAUGAUUGCUUUGAUUCAAGUAUCUUGAACUAUUGUUAUCUGUGGUCAUAGCAACAUCACCUUCCACACAUAUGUGUAGUCGUAUUGCAUACUAAUAAGUAAAUGAUGAGCCCAAGUUCGAGCCCUAGGAACCAUUUAGCAUUGCGCAUAGGACACACUUUUCUUCAAAUGAGCCGUUAUCUGCUUACAACUUUUACCAAGUUUAUGUCAUUUCAGGUUCUUUGUUACCAGCUGUGACUUUUUAAGAUAUUUGUUUGUUUCCGUUUACCUACCAUUGCUCAGACUAGUGUCUACAAGCAUUGCUGUGUUAUCUUACCUCUAAAAUGUCAGUCAGUAAACAUGACUAGUAUUAAUGAAAGAAAUGCAGAACAGAUCUCAAACUACUUAUUUUACGUACCAUUACAGUGGGCAUAGUGCGCAGAGUUGGGAGGUUGGUCGGAGACAGAUUUUGUUGGGGCUUGCUCCCUGUGAUUAUGGACAGUGUGCAUAAUAUCAGUACUGUAGUGUUCUUAAGCACACUAGAUCUCUGCGCUGAAAAAUGCACUGGUGCACCACACAAUGCCAGGAACUUCACAGGCUACACAGUAAACUUGUUUGAUAAUUUGUGUAUUGUGAAUGCACGCGUGUGUCUGCAGAUGCCUCAAGGAAGAAACUAAAAGGCUGUACAGUAUGAAGUGGACUUUGUGUUUAGUACAGCAGCUGUUGGCGUUCUGCAGGUUGUUAUGAGUGUUGUGCCAAUAAUAGCAGUGCAGCUGCUUAGUUUCCUGUAUUUUUAUGAACUUUGUGGUAAGGACACUUCCUUUUUUUAACUUUGCUACAAAUUUUUAUGCAUGUCACUGCAUAUUUUCAAUGACAUUUUACUGCAGAAAUACUACAAAUAUAUACUAGUAAGCUUCCAGUUGAUGUCUCAGCUGCCUUGGUAUGCUCUCUUUGAAUUCGACAUUUAUCUGUAAAGGAUGAGGUAAUUCAUAUUGAUGACAUCCUUUGUAUGUGCCCCGGUCCUACAGUUUUUUUUUUUUGCAAGGAAUACCUGUCCAUAUACUCUGCAUGCUCAAACUCUAACAUGCUGUCUACUGCCUUGCUAUGCGACUAUAUGGAUGCUCCAAUUAUGUGCCAAAAAAUUAGUUGAAAGAUGUGUCACAUGUGCAUGGAUGUGCUGCAGACUGAUUUUCAGGUCAAGGUAUGCUGCUAACUAGCUAUAAAACAGAAGGUGUAUUAGUGAGUAGAAUGUAAAAAAUGUAUAGGAGCUUGUGCAGAUGACAUACAUUCUCGACCAGCGGAAUAGUGCACCAAGUGAGCUUCUGUGAGCUGUACAGGUGCAUUAGUGAGUAGAAUGCAGAGAAUGUAGGUGCCUGUGCAGACUUGACGUACAUUCUCGACCUGUAGAAUAGUAUAUCAAGCAGCUUGUGUGUAUCUGUACAUUUACAUCUUGGAAAAGCAACCUAUAAAUAUGCCACUAUUUGUAUGCUUUGUGAUAAAGUACUUUUGAAUGGU